AUGGAGACCGAGGCGGAUUUAUCCGGAAAUGAGAGCGAUGCUACAGUCGUUCUUGAGUACCCUGAUGGAGACGACGAAGCUAACAACGCUAGCCUACAAGUGGAACCCACACAGCUGGACGUUGAAAGUGAAGUUUUGGAAACGAAAAUUGUGGUUGAGCAUGCCAUAAACGCACCUCUUGACGUGAGUAGUGGCGAUUCCGAAGACCUUCUCGACUUUGGUAGUGAUAGCGAGGACUAUGGAAUUGAGAUGGCUGCUCAAAAUCGAAGGGAACCGGCACCUCCAAAAGAAAUAUUUAAAAGUAUGGGGUUUACAAAACAUUGGGUGAGGCGGAAGAUGCUCUUCACGGCUUUAAUCGCUUCGUCUGCACGUAUCGAACAAGGUAUCUCUUCACUUUUGUGCUUGGAAAGUGUAUCAAUGUCCAUCACAUAA